AUGGUCUGCCUAGUGUUGCUGGAUAGCAGCGUUGCAGCCUUCUCCCUUCCCGAUCACGGGGUAAGACCCACUCUGCAAUCCUGCGACAACAACUUUGCCUUAAGAGUGCCCGCAGUGACAGCAGGUGCCCAGCCCCCCCUGCACCUCUCUCCGCCACGCUUCCAGCCUGCCGCAAUAAAGGCGGCACCAACGAAUGCAGGAGUAGCACCAGCCUCACCAUCAGCUCUAGCAGGAGGAGGAUCGGAAGCAAUAGAGCCCCGAGAACCCCUCGGCAGCUCAUGUUUGUUGCAUGUGCGGCUACUGAGCCUCAACUUGCAGAAGAUGGUGCGCUUCUAUACUCAACUGAUGAGCAUGCAAGUUUUGGCAGAGUGGGAGCCUCAGGAUGUGACCCUUGGGGAAAUUCCAGAGCACCAUCCUGAGGACGCACCUCUGCUGUGGGGACCCCUCAGCGGAAAGGUGGCGUUGCCAGCGGGCAGCCUCCUUCCUGUAGACAAGGUCGUGCUUUUAGGGUAUAGGGAUGAGGAAGGUGAAAACGGGGGACUGAUUUCUAGGGGAGAGCAACGGGGCCUCAAGCUGGAGCUUAUCUACAGCAGCAGCUGGGCGCAGCAGCAGAAGGAAGCAGAAGCAGAAGCAGCAGCGGCGCUAAGGAAGGAGGAGGCUGCUCUUCUCUCUACUGUUGCAGCAUUCAAGAAAAAUAUCGCUGGGGGGCAAGAGGCAGGUAGCAGCAGCGGCAGCAGUUUGUUGCCCAGUUUGCCGCGCAUGAGAGCGUUCGAGCGGCGGAGGGGACGGUAUGAUCGAGGCCAUCACGGCUUCUUUGGACUCUCCUUCCUGCUGCCUUCACUGCAGCGCCUGCAGCCGCAGCAGGUGCAGCAGGCUGGAGGGAGACUGCUACACUGUCCAGCUAAGAGGAAGCAGGUCCCCUCUAUGAUCCCCGACCAAGAUGCUCGGCAAGAGCUGUGGGGUCAGAGUUGUUUUCUGUUAGACCCGGACGGAAAUGGUGUUGAAGUGCAGCAACUGACCACCAGCAGCAGCUGCAGCAGCCUAGGCCUCAGCGAAAAAUCAAGAAAGCAGGAGGCAGCAGUAAAUACGUGGCAGUCGUACAUGGCAGAGCAGGAAGCAGACAUAACUAGACAGAAGAAGAAGCAAGAACUGUUGCAGCAGCUUGACAAUAUUAAAAACCAGCUCCUACAUCAUACGCAGCAGAAGCAACAGCGUCAAGGGGAACCGAAGCUUGUAGAGCGGUUGAAGCAGCAGCAGCAGGAGCUUCAGGAACAACUGACAGUCUUCGAGCAACAACAGCGUGUAAUAGAUGAACUGGAAGAGCAGCAGAGGCAGCGGCAGCAGCAAGAGGAAGCACGAGCAGCCGGUACUGCCUUGCAACAUAAGGGACCUCUCUCUCCGCGGCUACAGAAGGUUCGCCUCUUCACGUCCUCGCACGUGGCAGCGGAUCGCUUUUUUGGCACUGCUCUGCAAAUGAAACUGCUGCGAUAUAAGAGCCAUCUACUAGAAAGGCUGCACCCCUGGACCCGGUUUGCUGCAACAAGCAGGACAUACGGCUGCGAAGCACAGACCAUACAGGCUAAGGCAGAUGCUGAUGAGGGAGCAGCAGCAGCUGCAGCAACAGCAGCAGCAGCAGUUGCUGCUGCAGGAGAAGAAGGUCUCUUUGGGGGAGGCUCGUCGGUUCCGACAGAGUGGGAGGGCUCUGCAGCAAAUGAUCCCCCAGCGGCAGCAGCGGAGGUGUUCAGGACAGAAGCAGCGGAGAGGACCGUUCCGCAGCUGCAGGUUGCAUAUGCCUUUGACGAAGAUGUGGUGUCUGUGCAUCCCGGAUUCAUACACGUUGCGCUGGGGGUAAAGGACGUUCCAGCGGCAGCUAAGCACAUAGCCGCGACGGACCUGAAUGUCUCAGCGGAAGCAGCAACAGCAACAGAAUCAGCAGCUCUAGAGAGGGAAAAGUGCCAACCCUGCACCGCUUCGCCCUCGGGGCCAGCCCACUUUGGAGGGAUGGAGAUUGUGGGGGAUGCAGAAGACAUAUCGAAGCCGACAAAGGUGCACAGCGUGUGCCCUGAAGAGUGUCUUGUGCAGAACUUUGACGGAUAUCCCAUUCUUCUGGUGACCGAGCACCAGGCUGAUGCCUACUACCGUUACCUUCAGACCGCCCGUCAAAAGCGCGGGCGGUCCGCCACCUGCAGUGGUGGUACGAGACAUUGGUGUUUUAGCAACUAUAAGAAGACAGAAAUCGGUAGGCAUGAAACAGAUCCGCAGUCAAAUAAACAAUUGGACAAGAACUCGUAUUGGUUUUUUUGUAGUGGAGAGGAGUACUAUAGACGUCGAAAGGCAGGCGUAGAGAACGAGGGGCCGAGAGGCACACAGGGAGUUAGGAACACAAAUGAAGAGAAAGUCCAGAGUUUAGUGCCUGAUUGGCAACACCGAGAAUUGAACUUUCGAUGCAAACGGAAAAAGGCACAAGAUGAAAGUGCAGCAGCAAUAUCAAGAAGAGACGCUGAAGCAAAACCGGUAGGAGGAAGAGAGUCUAAAGUCAUGAUGGACCUCUCCCCCGGCCAGGGAUCGUAA